UGCACACGUCAUCUCAAUCAUUCCAUGGGUGGGAUCUGAACCAAAAUUUUCCGUGUCUUGGGUUGAAGAAACUAACAAGCAAACUGGGCAGGCUUCCCCGGGUUAUGAAUUGAAGAAACUACGUAGCAGAGUAGAAAGGCUUUGCUCGGAGUAUGAGAGAAUGAGAGGACAUCAACAGAAGAGAGAAAAUGAAUGCAGCAGCAAGACGGAGACCUUGACCUCACCCCCCACUGAUUGAGUCUGCCUCGCCUCUCUUGUUCCUUCUCCGCGUUGGUCUUUCUCUCCCCAUCUCAACCAGCGGCUCCGCUCCGUCGAUCCACGCUGCUGCAGCUGCUGCUUCCCCACCAUCGCUGGCUGCUGCUGCUGCACCUACGUCGGCUGCUCUUCUUCCAUCUCCUCCCCGUUGAAAGCCUGCUGCUGCUUCGUUGCUUCACCUGCCUGCUAAAUAAGAUCUGGAGUUUGGAGCUUUGGAUCUAGCGGUGGAUCUGGAUUUUAUUUCACUUCUUUCUGAAAAAUGGUGGAUCUAGACGACAAUAACUGAAGUUAAUUAACUCUGGAUUUUCUAACGGUCCAUCAUUUCAGUUGGAUCCAAGAGGAGCACCGGCGCCGCCACGGCUGCAUGUAGCAUGUUUCUACUUCUGGAGUAACGGCCGCAAUGGAAGCUGUUUCAGUCACUCUUCCAGCUCAGGUGCAGCACAAGCAUAACUAGAGAGCCAAGAUAGAUAGAUCCUUGUCCGGAUAUCUCAACUAGAUGGCUGGAAUAAUGGUGAGCGCUUCUACCGGGGUGAUGAACUCUCUCCUGGGUAAGCUGGCCACCCUGAUGGGAGAGGAGUUUGCCAAGCUAAAGAACCUGAGGAAGGAGGUGAAGCACAUCAGCGAUGAGCUGAGCAGCAUGAAGGAUGCUCUAGAGCGCCUUGCAGAUGUGGACGAGCUUGAUAUACAGACUGCAAGGUGGAGGGACGCGGUCAGGGAGAUGUCUUAUGACAUUGAGGAUAUUAUCGAUGACUUCAUGUGCAAAAUUGGGGAGAAGAAGAAAAAAUCUGGGUUUGUCCACGACACUAUUCAACGUCUGAGAACUUCAAGGGCCCGUCAUCAGAUUGCUGGCCAGAUCGAGGACAUCAAGAAAAUCGUGCGUGAAACAAGUGAACGUCGUGAGAGGUAUAAGGUCGAUGUCCCCACAUCGUGCAAUGUGGCUGUUGACCAACGGGUUGUCGCUCUCUAUGAGGAUGCAGCUAAACUUGUUGGUAUGGACGGCCCAACCAAUGAGGUUGUCAGUUGGCUAAAAGAUGAGGAGAAGCAGUUAAAGGUUGUAUUAAUUGUUGGAUUUGGAGGUUUAGGUAAAACGACACUCGCCAAGGAGGUAUACCAUAAGCUGAAGGGGGAAUUUCACUGUGGUGCAUUUGUGCCAGUGUCUCAAAAGCCAAAUAUUCCAAAACUUCUGCAUAGUUUGUCAACCCAACUUGGUUGUCAACAAUCUUUUCAUGACUGUGAGUUAAAUGUUCUUCUCGACCAAGUCAGAGAAAAUCUAAAAAACAAGAGAUAUUUGGUUAUCAUCGAUGAUUUAUGGGAUGUAUCGGCAUGGCGUAUUAUUAAAUGUGCUUUACCCCCAGAAAAUAAUCUUGGUAGUAGAUUAAUAGUAACUACAAGAAUCAGGAUUGUGGCUGAGGCAUGUUGUUUCGGUCACCACGAGCACAUUCUAGAAAUGAAACCUCUUAGUGGAGAAGACUCAAGGAAAUUGUUUUUUGAUAGGAUAUUUUUCUCUGAAGAAGCUUGUCCAGUUCAACUCAGACAUGUUUCAGUUGACAUUCUCAAGAAAUGUGGUGGAUUGCCACUUGCAAUCAUUAGCAUAUCUAGCCUAUUAGCAAGUGGAAGUUCCAACCAAAAGGAGAGAUGGGAACAUGUACAGAAUUCUUUGGGGUCAGUUUUGGGCACAAAUCUCACCUUGGAAGCAAUUAGACAGAUCUUGAACCUUAGCUACAAAAAUCUUCCUCACCACCUCAAGACAUGCUUCUUGUAUCUUGGUAUGUUUCCAGAGGACUCUGAAAUACUGAAGUAUGAAUUGGUAAGACUAUGGAUUUCAGAAGGCUUUGUUAGUAAAGCACAUGGACAAAGCCUAGAACAGACUGCAAUAAGCUAUUUCAAUGAGCUUAUCAACAGGAGCCUUAUUCAACCUGUAGAAAUUAAAACGGAUGGGACAGUGUUAACUUGCAAAGUGCAUGAUAUGUUGUUGGAUCUUAUCUUGUACAAGUCUGCAGAAGAGAACUUUAUCACUGUAGUAGAUAACCCAGAUUCCGUUGCAAGACAGCUUCAAAAGCCCCGUCGGAUGCUCUUCAGCUUGGAUGGUGCAACAUUGCCAGGGGUCGUCAAUAUGUCAGAAGUGAGAUCGUUUGCAAACUACAGAGGCUCCAUGCACAUACCUUCUCUGGCAGAGUUCAAGUAUCUUCGAGUUUUUAUUACUGACUUUACAUCUUUUUCUGCUGAUGACAACCGGAAAAUUGACCUGACAAGAUUGUGUGAGUUAUAUCAGCUGCGACAUAUACGGAUUCGCGGCUGUGGUAAGUGCCAGCUACCAACGCAGAUUAGAGGGCUACAAAAGUUGGUAACAUUUGAUAUAGAUGGGUCCUGUAUCCCAACUGAUAUUUUCCACCUGCCGCACUUGUUGUUUCUAAAUGCUCCAAACGUUGAAAGGCUGCCGGAGGGCAUUGGUAAAAUGACAUCCCUACAACAGCUGCAUAAUUUUCACACACUGUGCGCCUCACUUGACAGUGUCAAGGGCCUUGGAGAGCUCACCAAUCUGAGUAUUCUAUGUCUCGGAACUGGUUUUUCUGAAGAUGUGGUCAUAGAUGCUCUAAACUCUUCUUUGGGAAAACUUUGUAACCUCGAGUGGCUGCACAUAUUCACACCUUCUGUUUCUUUUAUACCUGAGACAGUAACCUUGUCGUCUCCUCCCCCCAACCUCGUUACACUCUACGUGUUUCGAUGCUUCAGGGUCCCUAUCUGGAUCAAGGAACUCCAUAACCUCCGGUCCUUGGAUCUCACUGUUAGGACACUGGACAAGGAUGGUGUUGGUAUUCUUGCGGAGUUACCAUCCCUUAUCGACGUGGAAUUAAAAUUUAGUAGAGCCCUGGAAGAAACAAUUGCCAUCUAUGGGACAGCAUUCCCAAUCCUAAAAAGGUUUGAUAUCAGUGGGGGUAUCAUGCCACAACUAAUCUUCCAAGCUGGGGCAAUGCCUAAGCUCCAGAGACUCGAUCUAUCAUGGAUGAAGGACGAGAGCGCCACACCUACAGGUAUCGAGCACUUGUUAGCGCUUGAAAGAAUCGGUGUAAGAUUCCGGAGUAGUACUGAAUCUGAAAAGAGAAGCGCGGAGUCAGCCAUCAGGAGCGCUAUCAGCAUGCAUCCCAACCAUGCUCACAUUACAAUCGAUGUAUGAUAAUCCUCGGUAACAGCCUCGAACAGCAGCUGGGAAGGGACUGGAAGCCGAUUCUGUUCCUUGGAGCAAGAAGAUGAGAUGCGUGGAGGAACACUGAGGUGUCACCAACCUUUAUGCUGCGUUGUAGCUGAUGGCAAUGGAUUAGUGCAUUUUAUUCCCGCCAGGAAUAUCGAGCUAUCGCUUUGCUUUGUGCUAUCUCCGAGUUAUCUCGUCAAACUGUUUCUCCUCUGUCUCUAAGAUGAUGCAUGAUCACGUACGCUUUGCUUGGUUUUCUCCUGUACUGUAAUAAGGCUUGAUGGUGGGAAGGAGUUGGCACUUGUUACUCACUCCCAACUUGACUAGCCAGAGAUUAUAUGUUGUAUGUAUGUGUGCUUUUUACAUCAAACUGAUUUGCUCUUAUUUAUAUUCAACUGAAUAUUUAUUCAUUGUACUAUUU